AUGAGAGUGAGAGGAGGGGCAGCGCAGCGCAGGCAGGUGGCGGUGCUGGCCAGAAGCCGCACCGGAGCCUCUCCACGGGGAGAAGGCAAAGGAACCGCGGGACCCUGCGGACCCAACCCAGCGGACGCAGACGCACCGGCCGGCAGAAGGGACGACACCUCACUGCAAGGCACAGCAACUACCGCCGCGGCCGCAAGAGAAGCAGGAGGAGGUGUGGCAAUGAGAGCGGUGCUCCCGCGGCUCAUUGACGCCGCUGCCUCCAACCUGGCUUUCUUGGCAGUCACGGAGGCCGCAGCCGCACCAUGA